AUGAACAGAAUUCCGCUGGAAGCGCUGGAGGAGUUCCUCACGCGAAUGAGCCGGUACGAAUACGAAAGCACCGAGGACGCACACACGCAGAUAAUGGAUGUAUUCAUACCGCUGGGCGUGCUUCUAUUCAAGCUGCGCACAGCCGAAGAAAAAUACACAUCGAUGGAGUACCUGUCGCCAUCAAACUUUAAGCGGGGCAACGACUACAUGCACUCACAGUAUUCGCCCCUUGUCGGCCAGCUGCGCAAGGCGAUACGCAAAAUCUCGCAAAAGUACGAGCGCGAGUGCGAGCGUCUGCUGGACCUGACGGUGCCCAAGCCAGAGUUCGGUCGCGGCGCCGCAGCUGGCAACCCUGGCAACCCUGGCAGCAGCCAGCAGGGGGGCCCGCCGUUUCUCGCUAGCACGCGCAAUGAGAACGAUACGCCCUCAUCGCACCUCUACUAUGCACCAGCCAGCCACAAUUGCGGGGCGAGUAGUCGCGCAGAAGCACAAACAAAUUACGGCAGUAGAGCCAGCGGAUACGAGAAAUUCCAGACUCCCGGUAGGCAGCGCGUCGAGCCGCGGCCGACCAGCAUGGCUCACCCGCCGGUUGCUGGGGGGCUGGGCCCGAUCGACUCGCCGGUCAUCGGCAGUGAGCAGAAUACACCGACAGUGAUCACUCACUCGAGGCAAGGCACGCUGUCGACGUUUGACGCAAACAGAUACAGCGAGGCACAGGACGAGGCACAGCAGCUGUCGGUCGACUUGGCGGCGAUAAAGUCGCUGACGGAUUUCCUGCAUGUGUUUAUCAAGGUGCGCAAGAUCCUGGUCGUGUUCUAUCGUCUGGUGGCCACGACUGGACCGGUGCUCGAGAGUGAGGAUAUGGCAGCACUACUGGGUAAAUGCGAGUGCGCACUGGAUGCCAUCACACCACAGGCAAUGUAUCGCCAACUAUACGACAACAUCCGCUACGAGGUCGGCAUUAUGCGGUGCAUCGUGUCGUGGGACGAGAGCAUUGCGCAGUACAACUUUCUGAAAGCUGUCACAGCAAUGAGCCGCGCCAAAACACAGCUCAGGGCAUGGGGCGACAGCCUGCCACCAAUUGGACAGCCGCGAGAGCCACCGGCAGCGAACAAGACGCCCAAUAGCAGUAUAGGCCGAGGCAGCAUCUAUGACAGCAUCAGCGGAGCACUGAGCAAAGGCAGCUGGGAGCACCCGGAUAAGGAGGCCUCGGCGGGCGCCAAUAACCCAAAAAAGUUUCUUCUCUCUGCGUUUGCAAAGUCGACGCGCAUGGUGCAGAGUCUGAUUUGGGGGAGCGACGGAUCCGGAUCUGGCAUGUCCGAAGAGGACAUUAGAGUGCGGCGGAUGCGGUUCGUAUACACGUGGAUCAGCAGCUGGACCGAGCACCUGGCCAUCAAGACCACGGUCUACUUUCAGCAGAUCAUUGGGCCGCAUCGAUCACUAUACCAUGACGAUCUAUCGCCGCACGCCCGGCACAGCGCCAUCAUGGAGGACAUCUGGUCGCGACCCAGCAUGGCCAAAUUCAACCUGAAUGACCUGGCCACCACCUUUCUGCAUGCCAACGACGGACUGUUCGUGGUUCUCUUGCUCGAGUCGUCCAAGGAGCGGCCAUUCUGCAGUGACGGAUUCGCCAUGGCCGGGACUAACAUCAAGGUGCCGGAGACGUUUGUACAGUCCUAUGCCAUGCUGUUUUGCAUCACGAACCAGCCGCUUAUGCGCUCACAUGGAUACCACUUGCGAGACUCGCUGUCGCAGGAUAUCCACACAUCUGCACCCGAUCCCGACGAGUCGCUGCAGACCUUGGACGGGCGCCAAUUGGAUGCUGAGUGGUUCAGGCGCAAAUGUCUUCCGGAUUUUGUCAGUAUUCUCGAGGGCGACGCCGAGCCGCUCGAUACAGAGCUGCUGAGGGCGAACCCAAUGGUCACGGCUAUGGGCAAUGACGCCGAGCGGCUACUCGCCGAGCUCGACUCUUCGAUAGACGAGAUAUGUGCUGCCCCACAUGCUGUCGAUGAUGAAAGCGGCAUGGAGAUUGCAGGUGGCAAGCACGAGGCAGAGUCGCCAGUGAUGCAGCCCAUGCAGUCAGCCAUCUCUGAAACCAUCGAACCCAUAGCGACCAAUGCUCGGCAGAGUGCUGCCAACGACCCGACACGGCAGAGGGCUGAGUCGGAUCCACAGAGUAAAACUGCUGCUGGUGCUGUCAAUCGCCAUGCCACGCCCAUUGUGCACCUGAACGAUGAAGCCGAGGACAUUGCGCGACCAGGAAGUUCCUUUGAGGGGGCUGAAUCAGCUGGAGAAAAUGGACACUAUCAGCUUGUCGGGCUGGAGCAUGAGGACGGGUACGAGUUUAUAGGCGACCCCAGCGAUGAGCAUAUUGAGGGCCACAGCCUGUACUCGACAUAUCUGCUAAAGUCACACCUGCGAAACAACCAGGUCGCCACUGCACAGAGCAAGCAGGGGCGUGGCAGGCGGCUUGUUGAGCGCAAGACAAGCAAGGGCUCGCGGUUCGCAGACACACAGCCCCAGCAAUCCGGCAUGCAGUACCAGCGGUGCACUAGUCUGGCUCUCAACAGUGAGACCGUCAGUGGGCCGGCAGAGCAUUCACAGCUCGAACACUGCUUUGGGAAUGCCGUUAGUGUCCCUGCCGGCCAGGUGUCGCAGGCCAUGCAGAUCAAAUAUGCGACCGUGGGCAGUCGCGAUUCUAAGCCAGGGAGACCUCGGGAGCCCCAUCGCUGUGGGUCAGGCGGGUUCUCGCUGUCAGAGCUAGCAAACGAGAUCCAGAAAUCUGGCAGCGCAUCCGAAGCAGUGCCACUUGGGAGCUGCAGUACUGCCAGAACCCAGGCAGUAGCGUCGAUGGCCAAUGCCACAGCAUCCGAUGCCGGCUCGAUGCGACGCAUCCGAAGCGGGGGCCGACUACGUGAAAUGGCUGCUCCCCUGAAGCUGACGCUUGACAAUGCCUCACGCACGUACUCGCCUCAGAAGCGGCACACCGACGCCUCCUCAAUCCACUCGUUAACACUCAGCACACCAACACGGGCCAGCUUUGGUGCCAAGUCUGGGCGUGCGGCAAUGACCGCUAUGGUGGCCGAGUCCAAGGGUGUCUAUGCACGCAGAUUGACGCGUGCGGAUAUCCCGCAUGGCGCAAUGACAUCACUUGAUGCGACUGCUGCCGCUGGCAGCCAUGCAGGCAGCACUGGUCUUGGCGGCAGGACUGAGGCGCUGCUGCACGCACUGCCGGGGGCGGCGGCUAGCGGUAGUGUCAGUGUGCGGGGGAGGUCAUUUGCCAAGGCAAAUCCGCCACCGCUGUCGCCACAGCAGAGCAGCAAUAUGCUGAAGCAGCCGCCGCUCCAACACCAGGCGCCACCACAUACCGCGAGCAAGGCCGAGGAGCACACAUAUCUGUACUCACGCGUUGGCCCGGCCAUCACACUGGUGUCGAUCCUUGUCGAGACCGACAAGAGCAAGAACCGCCGUGCUGAGGCAAACCGCUCUUGGCUGGAGAUGGUUGACAAACUCCGCGGAACACCGCUGUUUCAGCGCCUUAUGUCGCUGCCAGCCUGA